AUGCCGGAACUGAGAGCGAUAAGUAAAGUCUUCACCGCGCUUGAACAGUCUGAAGGCGCUGGAGCUAGAGUACGACGCUCCAUCGGUAGCCGACAACAGCGCAACUUCUCACCAUUCCUUAUGCUUGACUACAUGAAUGGGGGCAACGGUGCAGGAUUCCCCGAUCACCCCCACCGAGGACAAGAGACAGUGACCUACAUCCUCAAGGGCGCUGUUGAGCACGAGGACUGUGCUGGUAACAGGGGUAUUCUGAAUGCUGGAGACUUGCAGUUCAUGACUGCGGGCAGAGGCAUUAUGCAUUCCGAACAGCCCGUUCCGAGCCCUGAUGGAAGCCAAGGUGCUGGGUUACAGUUGUGGGUCGACCUCCCAAAGCAUCUCAAGAUGUGUGAGCCCAGAUAUCGGGAUGUGAGAGCCAAAGAGAUCCCGCUCGUGCAUCUAGACAAUGGCAAGGUUCUUGUCAAGGUUAUAUCAGGCAAGGUCGGCAACGUCGAUAGCGUCAAAGACUUGUCAUAUACCCCUGUGUGGUAUUUAGAUGUUGAGAUUCAACCAGGUGGCACGCUGGUUCAACCCCUACCUAAGGAUUGGAAUGCAUUCUCUUUUGUAUUUGAAGGUUCUGCGGAUUUCGAAUCCCCAAGCGGAGCCUUGACGAGGGUGGAUCAGCAUGGGACGGUGUUAUAUAAACCAGGAGGAGAUGCCGUUUCUAUCCAGGUUGCUGAGAACCAAGAUUUCAGCGGUCGCCUUCUCUUAAUCGCCGGUCAGAUUCUUGACCAACCGAUCGUUCAGCAUGGACCCUUUGUAUCAACUAGUGCUGAUGGUAUUCGCCAGGCUUUUGAAGACUUCUACGAGGGUAAAAAUGGAUUUGAGAGGGCAAAGGGAUGGCAGAGUGAAAAUACGAAGCGCAGAUUGAGUAUAUAG